AUGAAGAUGGUUUCUUCAGACAGCGCGUACGGGUCGUCAUCAGAGGACGGACAGACGCCGACAUCCAUCACCUGCCCGUACGACGAAGACCUGACGCACAAGGUGAGACAUCGACACGUCAGAUCUGAAGAUCCAAACAAAUGAUCGAUCUUCAACAUUUAGAGCUGCAGAGAGGAACCAAAGAGGAGAAACAGGUCGAGAUGAAUUUACAGUUUUUAAAAACAAACCCGGAGUUUCAUAAAUCUGAUCUUUACACUUUUAGUUAAAUUACAUGUUAAAUUUUACUGCUAAUUAAAGUUAAAGUAAAUAUACUCACCCUCUAUUUGACGCGUCCUCGUUCAUGGAUUCAUCUUUAACCCCCUCAGAGCAGAAAGAUUUGGACAUGGAUUUGAGGCGGUAUCUCAGAGGAACCACAGAUCCAUGUUGGUGUUCCUCAAGGUUCACCUCUGGGACCUCUGGAUCACCGUGUCCAUUCAAAGUCCUGAUCUGGGGUCAGUAGUGAAUGAUAGUGGGCCCAGAGUCGAACCCUGUGGUACACCACAAACAGAGUCUGAGCUCAUGUGUGAUCAGGAGGUCUUUGUGCGUCUGCAGACCAUCGUGGUCGGGGACAGCGGCGUCGGGAAGACGUCUCUGCUGGUUCAGUUCGAUCAGGGGAAGUUCAUCCCGGGCUCCUUCACCUCCACCGUGGGCAUCGGCUUCACGGUGAGUCCGGACUUUCCCUCCGUCCCUGAACGCACCGUCACAGCCCCUUCAAUAAUUACCCAUAAACCCUUUCUGCUGUUUGUGUGUCUGUGA